GCAGGAUAUAUAGUGGCUCUAAAGGGGACCUGAGGCCCACAGAUAUCCAGGGAGCAGUCUGGGUGGCUCUGGACUAUGACAAGACAUUUGGAGAAUUCAAGAUUUAUGUGUGUCAGUACAAGAACCUGGCAGUGGCUGAUGGAAGCAAAGGCAGAUCUGACCCGUAUGUCAAAACUUACCUGAUCCCCGACAGCACCCGACUGGGUAAAAGGAAGACAGUGAGGAAAAGGACAGUGAACCCGACUUUCCAAGAAAUGCUGAAGUACAAGAUUGAGAAAAUGGCCCUGAUAGACCAGAAGCUGAACCUCUCCGUGUGGCACAAUGACCUUCUGGGAUAUAAUAUUUUCAUGGGAGAGAUAGAGAUCGACUUGGCCAAGUGGGACUGGGACAAGAGGAAACUCAUCUGGUACACACUUAGAUCCCACAUAAGGAUAGGACAGGCAGAGUAGAGAAGGCAGGGAAGUGCAGUCAUCAGGGGAGACCUCUGGUCAUCCUCCUUCUACCGAUGACUCUCCUAUUCAGCCUCUGCCUUCUUUUCCAGCACUCACUGUAGCCCUCGAAGUGGCACGUGUAGCUGACCAGGGCAGAAGACAGAGCAGGGAAGACUAGCCCCUGCCGAGGUGGCCUGAACUCCGGGCUUUUGGGGAGGUGGCCCACUGCACCAGAACUUUCUUGGCUUCCCCACCCUCCUGCUGACCCAUAUAUAUAUGGAGGCUGAAGCCCACUGAAACCCAAGUCCCUGCCCAAGAUCUUUUCUUCAUGGGAACUCUGAACCCAGCUCCCCUCCCUUGUCUGUGUGCAGUGGAAUGGAUUAAUGAAUGGAGGGGGGGGAGUAUUAUGACUCCUGGGGUUCCCAGCGCCACUCCUAGGUCAGGACUGUGCACAGCCAUCCUUGAGGCCACAGGCUUCUUCCCUUCUCUGCCCUCUCAGCUGGGAGGGCUGUGGGAGGUGUGAGGUGUGCCAGGGUCCCAGGUGAGCUGCACAUCAAGAACCCAUCCCUGGGAGGAAGCCAGCCAUGGCCUUCAGAUGCUGUUUCCCUCUGUCUAAGAGGCCAAGACACAAAGGACUAAGGCUCAUGCCCUCAGAGGCUAGACUUGCCAAGGGCACCCAGGCAACUAGCUCCCUAGUGUCAGGCCUGGCACAAGAACCCUGAUCUCUGGUGGGUGCCCACUGCCCUUUACUGGUCUCCCACAAAGAGUGCUCCCAGGGGGGCCAUGAGCUGUGGCAGGGGGAGAUGAGUCACCGCAGAAGCUCUUAGCCUCUCCCCUCUCCUAGCUCUUUCCCAGCCCUGAGGUCCCUGGGCAAUAGCGAAGGCCUGGUGAGAGCUGGGGGAAUUUUGCUCAGUGGUUUGGGAGGGGAAACCCCCAGCUGUCAGGGAACUCUGGGAGGGCUUUGGGAAUGUGGUCCAGGAAGUUAAGGCAGGGCAGAUGGCAAGGGGACAGCAAAGGGGGAGCCCCAGGGAGGGCUAGAAAUGCCCUCAGGCCUUCCUUGGCCAGGGGGUUCCGCUCAGCUCUAGAUCUAGUCUUGGGCCCUCUGCCUGCCCUCUCCUGACAUAAGCUCUCAUUCUCGUCCCUCAGCUCUCUAAGACAUGCGUGUGUGUUUCCCCUUCGGAUCAGAUCUGUGAUCCCACCCGGGGUCCGUGGUACUGUCCUUACUGGUAUCCAACACAGCUGGUUUCUGCCGCCUCUGGGAGCAUUCUGAGCCUGCCUUUGCCCUUCUCCCCAGCCAAUUUCUCCUGUUGUCGCUCUCUCUGUCAAUGGCAUCCCGCGCUAGCCGCUGAGGCUCAGAGCUCUUCCACCCUCCUCAGGAGCAGUUCGUCCAGAGAAUGUGGUAAGCGGCCGGGCCACCGUGCUCCAGCUAGGCAGGAGAUUACAGUAACGAGUGAUGCCAACGAUGAGUCAGAAUGUUUGGUUCUGCUGGAGCAGCAACCUUCUUUGCUGAAGCCCCCCGAGCUCUUUCCGCGCUCGCUCCGCGCGCGCUCCCAGAACCCACUCGGCUCUGCCCCUGGCCGGGUGCCCGGCCGCCUCCAGCUCUGCCCGCCUCCUCCCCGACGAUGCCCGAUCCGUUCCGCGCCCAAGGCCGCGCUCCGUGGGCACAGUGAAUACCCCGAGCCCGGCCCGAUCCCACAAGGCCGCUCCGGGCCAGCGGGCCCCUCCCCGGGAUGUCCGCCCAGAAGGCGGUAGUGGGCCGGCGCUCAGGCCCGUGACUCGGGCCGCCCCUGCCGAGGACGCCCGCAGCCGCCGCUGGCAGCUGCCCCAGGGCCGCGGGAGGCCGAGCGCCUAGGCUCCGCCCCGCCCCCCCCCCCGACGCCGCGCAGCAGCGGCCCGCGCGCGGGGGCGCCCGCAGCCUCCCGAGCCUCCGCUCCGUCCAGCCGUCCCGCAGCCCGGCCCGCCACCCUGGCGCUGCUUCGGGUCGGAGGCCGACGGCUGAGCUCGGCCAGCAUGGAAGCCAUCUGGCUCUACCAGUUCCGGCUGAUCGUGAUCGGGGACUCCACGGUGGGAAAGUCGUGCCUCAUCCGCCGCUUCACCGAGGGCCGCUUCGCGCAGGUCUCUGACCCCACCGUGGGGGUGGAUUUCUUCUCCCGGCUGGUGGAGAUCGAGCCUGGAAAGCGGAUCAAGCUGCAGAUCUGGGACACCGCGGGCCAGGAGAGGUUCAGGUCAAUCACCAGAGCCUACUACAGGAACUCGGUAGGCGGUCUCCUCUUAUUUGACAUCACCAAUCGCAGGUCCUUCCAGAAUGUCCACGAGUGGUUAGAGGAGACCAAAGUCCAUGUCCAGCCAUACCAGAUCGUGUUUGUUCUGGUGGGUCACAAGUGUGACCUGGACACCCAACGACAAGUGACCCGACAUGAGGCAGAGAAAGUUGCUGCUGGGUACGGUAUGAAGUACAUUGAGACAUCAGCCCGCGACGCCAUUAAUGUGGAGAAAGCCUUCACAGACCUGACUAGAGAAAUCUAUGAGCUGGUCAAAAGGGGGGAGAUUACCAUCCAGGAGGGCUGGGAAGGGGUAAAGAGUGGCUUCGUGCCAAAUGUGGUUCACUCCUCAGAAGAGGUUGUCAAAUCCGAUAGGAGAUGCCUGUGUUAGCCAACAACCCCAUCCUGAUUACUAAAACCCACUGUACUAACUGAACGGCAAUGCCCUGGAGAGUCGUAGCACACUAGCUCAUGCUCACCGCCAGGUGAGAGUGACUUUAGCCACAGAGGAGGAUGACGAUGGAUGUUCCGCUCCCUCUAACCCUCUCUCGAAGUGCAGACCUUGUCAGAGAGGCAGCAGCACAAUGGCGGAUGUUUGUGAUGAGGGUCCGGGGGAGCUGGAACAGACAGAGAAGAGCCUCCAAACACGAGGAGACGAAACAAGCCAAGCCAAGAACUGCCCUGUUCCGAGGGAAUUGUAGUCGAACUGUCUGAGCUCAGGGAUAACUGUCACUCCCUCCCAUGUUCUGCAUUCUCUCUCCAGCCCCAGGUCUUCAGAGUAGUUUCUCCCACAGUAAGAUGGGGGCUGCUUGUGUUGCCCCCCAAUUGUACAGUUCUCAUGGAAAUAAUGACAUUGGACGCUUUUUGAGGGGGUAAGGAGGAGGGGGGAGGAGGGUCCUCCCCUAGGAUUGAGUUGACAUAGGGAACACUUGGUCCAGAACCUCUCUGCUAAUUCACAUCAACACUCCUUGCUUAGCUUAGCGUCUGACAGAGAGAUGCUUGGAGUGAGAAGCUAAAGAAUUUGCCCAGAAUUACCCAGCCAGCAUGAGUCAGAGGCAAGUUUUGAACCCGUGUCUUCCUGAUGAGAAACAGCCAUUUAUCCAGUGGGCCCUGAUCGCUAAUCUGACAAAUUCGAAUCCCAUUGUUCCGUGUGAGGAACACACUCCCCGACUUGAAGGCCCUGAGCAAAUCAAGAGUCUCCAAGUCUUUGUCAUCGGCGGGAAGUGGAGCAGAUGUCACUCGGGUCUGGAAAAUUCACCUAUCUUGCCAGAGGCUUGGCCCUCCACUCUCUAUCCAGCCCUUCUUUGUUUCUGGGAAGCCGGGCCAGCUGCUCGGCCAGGGAGGUAACGGGUGGCAGCCGAGCUCCUCUGCUACUAGGAAAUGGUUCAGAAGCUCCCCUCUGGCGGCUGGCCUUUGGGUUCCAGUUUCCUUGGAGUCAUCCACAUGAAGUUUGGGGCCGAAUCAAGCAGAGAUGCAUUAGCUUGUUGGGAACCUCUGGAAUGGCAGUCAUCUGAUCUGGGAACGGGAAGAACCAAGCACGGAGGGAGACCUUGGGGAGACCACCUAACAUGGCCACCUAGAAAGCCAGGGGCCCCUUGAGAGCGAGUGCUUAGGGUGGAACUGAGGGAUGGCCUUGGGUCAAGGGAACAGCCCUCUGGGCAUACGCAACACUUGGUGAUUAGCCAUCGAUCAGUGGCAGAUCCGUUCCUGAUUUUGCUGCUGUACCAGGCAAGAGAGACGAGGAAAGCCCAAUGAAGGAAAUGAGGAGCUUCUCAGAAUUUCCCUGGCUAGCAGGGAAGGCAGCUUUCACACGUAAAUAGGCAAGGAGAUAGACCUUUAUUUAAUGAAGGAGACACACACACGUACACACACGUAACCAGGUCUAUCUCUUUUCCGAAGGUGGGGAUACUUUACAGUUGGAGCCCAGUCCUGGAGCAGAAAACAAAUGAAGCUAUUUAGCAAGCUGAACACAGCUAGGGGGUGCCCCCAUGCACAGAGAGCCAGACCCAGUGUCGGGAUGGCACCCACUAGCUGUGUGACCCUGGGCACAGUCAACUUCACUGUCAGCCUCAGUCUCCUCACCUGCAAAGUGAGGGUAAUAAGAGCCUCGCGCUCAGAGUUGUGAGGAUCCAGUGAGAAUAUUUGUGGAGUCCUUAGCAAGCCCAACACUUUCCAGAAGUUCAGAGUGUUCCUAUCUCCUCCCAGGCCUGCCUCACCCCCAGCCAAAGAUUAAGGUCAAUAGUUUUUAAGUUGGGAAAAUCAACAGCACAGGAGAUUCAAGGGCUGUGUUGGCUUCCCCAAGGGAACAUGAGCUAGAACCAUUCCUAGCGUUGGCAUUUCUUCCAGGAUCCUCUUUGUAAGGAAGAAAGAAUUAAGUGAGGCACCUGGGAAAUGACCUCUGAAAGGCUGUCCUCAACUUUUGGGAGCUCACACCGACGGAGGCUUGAGGACUCAGUAGUUCCGCCAGCAGCAACUAGCCCACCUUUCUCACCCCAUUUAGGACCCAAAGGUGGCCUAAGCCUAAGAUCGUUCAGGAUUUACUCCACCUGCAUCCAUUUGUCCAGCAGUUGUGGCCUGGGCCCUGCAAACCUUCCACUGGCUGAGUUUUUCAAGGCUCUCCUUCCCCUCCCUUGAUCUCCCAACAAGUCAGACAGGUGGGGUUUCUGGUCCUCAUUUUAUGGAUGCCCCCAAUAGAAUGAUCUGACCCCGAACUGCAACAUCCCCGGCCAGGCCACUGAAGCAGAUCUUGGACUCGAGAGUAGAGGGGGUCUGAGAGAACGUCUGGGCCACCCCAUGCUCUUUCCCUUCCAAUGAUGGGUAGCAGUGGGUAAACCUCCCCAUUUUUUUACUAUUCAGCAGCACAUUUCACUAGGGUACACACCCAGGGAAGCAGCUUCUUUUUCAAAGAGAAAACAUUGAUUUGAUACUCAAUUACUAGAUGAUUUUUGCUCUUAAACCCAGAUUUAGCUAAACCGAAAUUUUCAACGAACUAAACUUUAAAAGUGAGCCAUGACUUGGGGGGGGGGGGAGAGUCCUUGCUUAGGUAGGCCUGGACACACGCCCUGAACUGAGCAUCGUCGGCCUUAUGAGAUCUCCAGUUGGGCUUUUGCAAUGGAGCUUGAAGGCUCACCGAGACGCCACCGUCAGAUCAUGGGCUUUGGAAGUCUAUGAUAGGCCGUUGGGCUGGCUAUUCUAACUCCAAAAGCAUGCUUUCUUGCUCUCCUUAUUUAUAACCUAAUCGUGCUUCCACCACUGAAUGAAUCUAGCAAAGAGGAACUGAGGUCAUCCUCAAAGACAGCCAAUGAUCAAUGAAAGGAAACCCUGAAGGCCUAGCUCACUAAAACGCAGUGACUGGUUGACAGGCACUUGAAUUUAAGGGGCGGGAAUAUUAGCCAGGUGAAAAGGGGGGGGGGCUUCACUUGGAUUCCAAGCACUUUUGAGCAUUGAGCAGAGGAGAGAAUAUUGAAUUCUCAUGAACCAACACGGAAUUGUCAUUGCCCUGGUUUUUGACAGGGUUCUCAUGAGUCAGUCAGGGAAAUGGGCCAGACGUUCCCGACCCAACUCUGCUGUUUGCUGGGUGAAAUUUGGGCACGUCACUUAAACUCUCCAGGCCUCAGUUUCCACCUGUAAAGUGAACAAGUUCCAUUGCACUCAUGAGAUCCUCAUUUGAAACCUGUGAGAAAUGAGAUUGGGCAGAGUGGAGAGAGGUGUCCAAUGGCAGAUCACAAGGCUCUUUGCUUCUUGGUGCAUACAUCUGAGGUUGGGGGAAUGGAUAAUACCUUGGACCACAGAAUUGGGAUCCAAAAAACCUGCUCGGCCAAAUCUAAGAAGAUUAAAUGUAAUGAGGGUUAUGUGAAGGCCUAACAAAUGGAUGUGCAGUAGUCCAGGAUGGGGAGAUAUGGCAGCAAAAUAGCAAAUAUGCAAGGGAGAAAAUUAGAAGGCCAAGUCAUUCCAGAGGGUAGUCAGAAGACAGGAGAGAGGGACUGCUGCUGUCUCACAAGCAUUUGAGGGGCCCCCAACAGAGCAGCAACUUGGUCCUAAAUCGGGAUGGAAAGGUGGAAGAUAGAAAGCAACAUGGUCCUGGUCAUUCUUUUUGGAUUUCGCUAAAGGGCUCAGAGCUGUUGCAUGCCUUCUUCUCUCAUCUGCGCCUGUUGAUGUCCUAAUUUGCCUUCCCCCUUGGACUUCUGGCCCCCGUUUGUCCCUCUGGGAGCCAAGUCUCUCCAGAAACCUGGUCACGCCUCCUUCCCGUAGUAGAAGUGGGGUUGGGAAGACACGACCCCUUCUUGGAGAAGCUGGUCUCCUAAAGUGUCCAACACGGACCUUCCACUAAUGCCCAAGUGGAGCUGGCCAUCCCUCUUCCUGCCUGUGUGGGUCUGCAUCUCAAGUCCUAAUCAGUCUUCUGCUAAAAAUCUUGUCCUGUCCCAUUCCUUCCCGGGACGAAAGGAAUUCCUCUGUACUUCCCCAGAACCAGUGCAGGUACUAAGCUCCCCUUUGUGGUGGAUCUGCAAGUGGAGGCAGGCUAAUCAUUUACUGAGGAUGGAGGAACCCUUUCAACUCUAAAUCAAUGAUCCAAAAGCUCACAGACAUGGAAAGGAGGAAUAGGGAAGCUGAGAGCAAGGGGUUUCAAUCAGCUCUCUGGCAGGGCAGGUGAUCACAGUAUCUUCCUCGAUUUGACUUUCUGGGCCCAGAAAAUGGGGGAAGAGGUGGAUAGGUGGACUUUGGGGCCCUCCCAGCUCUCAGUCUUGGACUCUUCUAGUGAGGGGUGGUAGAUGAUAAAUCAUCACAAACUUUCCAGUUCACAGUUCCAUUUCCCAAGGACCUUGUCUUAAAGAAACAGUAUCACAGUCGGAUAAUGGCAGAUAUCAGUGUUCUGAGACCACUACAUGCAAAUGGGGGGGGAGGGGAGGAAGCAGCCUAGUAUCAGUCUCUUGAGGCAUUCAGGAACUUUCUCCAAGGAGCCCUCUGAUCAGUUGUAGGACUGGAAGGGGAAUUGGGGGUUUUCUAAUCCAACCCCUUCAUUUUACAGAGAAAGAAAGCAAGGCACCCAGCGUCAGGGCCUGGCACUGCAGAGCAUCUGAUCUCUCCUUUGGUCUUCUCAACAGUCUUCUCUUUGUGACCUUGGGUAGGUCACAUCCCAUUCCCAUUCCCAUUCCCAUUCCAGCUCUCCAUUUCUUCUUUACAAUGAGGUUGUAGAGGUAAUAAAUAAUCCUAAUCUCUGGCUUCCCCUUCAAGUUGGUGACAUUGGUCACAAAAGUAUAUUCUUACUCAUUCCCCAUGAUUCCCGAUGAGAGAAAAACUGGAGGCCAGAUGACACCCAAGCUGGUCCUUUUCAGGGUUUGGCCUUCGUGGAAGGGGGCAUGCCCAGUCCCAAAAUAUCACUCACUUGAUUUGGAAAUUCCCAUGUGAAGGUGGGCUUGCCAUAGAUUGCAAAACAAUAAAGCCACAGGGAAAGAGCCCAAAUAGGGUCAAGUGCUAAGUGCUGUCCCAAAGCUGGAGCUGGGGGGUGGGGGGGGCAGCGAUUCUGACUCCUGUCUCUGCACUUAUCAACUAUCAGGCCUCCCUGACCUCUUUUCUCUCCAGUAAAAGGAGAUACUUUAACCUUCUAAUCCCUUGAUUGUGUGCAGGGAGGGAUAGCCUAGACUGAGCUAGAACCCUCACCUUGGUCAGCUCCCCAAUCCCAACACAAGCCAAAACAGACAAUGAAUUACUUUAUCCUAGCUUUCCUUCAAGGCCCAGGUCAGGUGCCACCUCCAUCAGGAAGGGCUCGGGACACUUGGGGAAGAUUAUUCCUAUGCAUCUGGCAUGUUAGAAAGCAUGUUCUAGGUGGCUUGUACUUCGUGAAUUCCAGAUCCUUCUGAGCAGGGCCUGGGUCAUUUAUCAUCUGUGACCCCGGCACCUAGCCCUGGUCUUUAACCUGGUGGAUGGAAUGGUACUUUAGGCAUUGCCGAGCUCAAGAGAAUGAAGUGUUUUGGUUGAGGAAAUCAGCUGCAAGGCUUUAUAGUGAUCAAAAUUGGCAAAGCCAACAGCUGGACCAACAUGAGCCUUUGUCACCUGCUCUCAUUCCUGCUGUUAGCAGGAAAGCAAGAUGAUCUCAUGGAUCAUUGAAUUCAGCUGUCCUGGAAAGGGCAAUGACAACACUUCUGGAGGGUCUUUGCUAGAAACAUCCAUCCUUAUCUGUGCGUUCGCAGCUGCAGGUUCUGAUGGGGAAGAUGGAGCCAGGAACCAACCAGAAAGUCUGUUGUUCAAAGCACACGUUUCAGUGGUCUCCUAAUUGGACCCUCAGCAGACGGUGAACUGCUUCCUGCCGAAGGACUUCAAAGGACUCUGCUUUACCUGCUCGCCCACUCUCUAGUUAGGUCCAAUGAACGUGAGAAAAGACAGAAACUGCCUUUUGUGGUACCCACAGAUCCCGUUAAGAACUGCAUGUUGGAGCCCAGAUCCGGGGUCCGAGUUUCAAAAAGAACCCCCCCCCCAUAUUACUAUAUACUUCCCCUUGCCUUCUGUUAUGCACUGUAAUGAAAUGUGGGGGAAAUGCUGUAUUUUGUUGUCUGUGAAUCAAAACAUGCUUGUAUUGAUUAAAAUGGUCCCAAAUGUGGUUGUGAGGUUCCACAUGUACGGAAAACACAACAAAUCCAGCGAGCCAAAAUCCAUUUCUUUUUCCUCAGUCAUCGUUCUGUGUUAAUGGAUGUUCAGCACCAACACUAAGAGUUCAGUAUAAAGGAGACCAAUAAAAAGCCCAAUGUACAUUGUUCACGCCACAA